GCGCAUGCGCCGCGCGGGCGCCAUUUUGGAAGGGCCAGAGGAACCUUAGCAUUAUUAGCCUUAGCAGCCUUAGCAAUAGCAGCCUUCCUUCGCCUGGGACUGGGCCGCGGUGGCGGUGACGGGUGGAGGAGCUCGGCCCGGCUCGGAGGCCUGGGCCCCGCUGAGGACAUGGCCAACAUCGCCGUUCAGAGGAUCAAGAGGGAGUUCAAGGAGGUGCUGAAGAGCGAGGAGACAAGCAAAAAUCAAAUUAAAGUAGAUCUUGUAGAUGAAAAUUUUACAGAACUAAGAGGAGAAAUAGCAGGACCUCCGGACACACCAUAUGAAGGAGGAAGAUACCAACUAGAAAUAAAAAUUCCAGAAACUUAUCCAUUUAAUCCUCCCAAGGUGCGGUUUAUCACAAAAAUAUGGCACCCUAAUAUUAGCUCAGUCACCGGGGCUAUUUGUUUGGAUAUCCUAAAAGAUCAAUGGGCUGCAGCAAUGACUCUAAGGACAGUCUUGUUAUCACUGCAAGCACUCUUGGCAGCUGCAGAACCUGAUGAUCCCCAAGAUGCAGUAGUGGCAAAUCAGUACAAACAAAAUCCAGAAAUGUUUAAACAGACAGCUCGGCUUUGGGCACAUGUGUAUGCUGGAGCUCCCGUUUCUAGUCCAGAAUACACCAAAAAGAUAGAAAAUCUUUGUGCUAUGGGCUUUGAUAGGAACGCAGUAAUAGUGGCCUUGUCAUCAAAAUCCUGGGAUGUAGAGACAGCAACAGAACUACUUCUGAGUAACUGAGCCAUGUGUAGAAAACUGCUUCUGUAGUCCAGCUUGCCCCUUCUUGAGGAGCGUCACCAUCUCUUGUUUUUAGGUUUCUAUAUAGAUUCCCUUUUAAAACUGGCAUUCUUGCCUGAUGCUAUCUAGGCACUAUUGGAGACUGAAAAAGAAAACUGCUCUGUAAAUAAAGCUGAUUAAACGUCUGUGUAAAUUUAAAAGAGGGGGGGAAAUACUUUAAUUUUUUCUUACUAAAUAUUGUAAAUUCCUUGAGCUUGGCUAAAACAAUGGGGACAACAUGCCUACUUUAGUGUUAGCAGUGUGACCAAGACUAGCAGGAAUUUGCAUCAGGAUUUUGACUUUUAAGAAUUUAUUCAGAACACAUAUGAUUGUGUCCAUAAUCAUCAGUUGUUGAUGUCACUCAUCCCAGCUACCUUGCCAUUUUUUUAACAUGGAUCCUACGUGCCUGUGGACUGACCUUAUAUUUGCAUGCUUGUACUUUACACUUAAAAGAAGUAGGGUAAAUUGAACAGAGGUCCAUUUGAAGUACUUGAGUAUUCAUUCUUGUAACUUUUUUCCUAAGAUUUUCCAAAUGUGCUCAUUAGAUCAAAACGAUGACCUACUCAGAAAUGUUUUCACCAUCUAAUGAGUAGCAAUCCUAUAUGCUUUCCUUUCCCCCCAGCUCUUACUCAGCUGCACACACAACAACAGUAUCACAUUAGGACCUCUCCAGAAUUUGUGGGUAUGUGCCAUUUAAAGUAGCCUAGUUUUCCACUUCAAGUGGUAUAUUUUGAAUAACCAGUAAAAGUGUUUCAACCAUUGUACUUUCUACACAAUUGUAUAAAGGUUUGGUAUAUUUGGACAUAGCACAAAUAAGUGGAGCUGCUCUUUUGUUUCUUAUGCAGAAAUCAAACCUAUUUCAAUAAAUUCUGGAUAGAAUGAAUUCAACGAGAAGAACUGGUUCUCUGUUAACACCGAGAAUGCCAUCUCUUUCCUUUAGUAUUUGCUGUGAUGCAAUCAGUUUUGGGGCAAUAGUGUCCUAGUUUUACUUUGGAUGUAACUUUAGGUAGAGGUUGCUUAUGGAGAGUUUUAAAAGUUCCUCUUGUAUUCAUUUUCCCUAUCUGACACUUGGGAAGUCUUGUUGGAUUUUUUUAACUGUACAUAAGAUAAAAUACCAGUGGAAGUUUCUUCCUGGCUGCUGUUUCUGUUAAAACAAUUGUACAUAUAGCCAAUCUUUCUAUUUAUUCUGAGAGAACUAAAAUGUCCCAUUUGUUUUUAUAAGUCCAAAUACUCAUAACUUUGUUAAAAGUUGUUAGUAUAAUUGCAUAAAGAAUUAGUCUGAGCAAAAUGCAGUGAUAUAAGGGCAUGUUGUGAGAAUAUCAAAAUCUACAAGGUUGUUGCUUCCUCCGCCCUUCCCAACCUUCUUUACUGUAGGUAGGAAUGUUUACAUGGUCCAUUUUUAAAAAAAGGUUGAAGAGCAGUCAGUGUACUAAGGCCUAAAUCCAAUCAUUAGUCCUAAUAAGAAUGCUAGUUGAUGUAGAACUAUUGAGUGAAUGGUAAUUUGGCAGUGUAACACUACAUAAAGUCCAUUGUUGCAAAAGAUCUGUUCUAGUUGAGAUUAAUAAUUGGAUUCAGGUCUAAAUCACUUUUGCUAAUCCUUCAGAUUACAUAACUGAUAGGAUUCUGCAACAAAGAGGUAUAGGAAAGUUUGGUGUGACCUUGUUAAUGCAGGAGUCUCUUCUGCAAUAUAUCUGAGCUAUCUAUAGAAUCAAAUUAUUUACAACACAGAUGGAAAAAGACAUGGUAGUUUGUAUCUGUGCAAUAUGGAACACUAAUCUUUUCACAUCCUAUUUAUGCAGUCAUGUGGUUUAUCUUGCAGUCAUGUAAAUCACUUUCAGAUGCCAAAGGGAAAUGUGAUUUUUGUUUUACUUUCCUUGAUAUUUAUUUUUAUUUUUUAAACAAACUGCUGCUGCUCGACAAAGUUUUUGUUAAAUAAUAGCCAGGACCAAGAUAACUCUGGCAAUCUGCCAUUUGUGUUUGUAUCUUUUUAAAAAUGGUCUAUAUUGUGUGAAUUCAUCUACAGCAUUGUUUACCCUGGUGGUAAUCAUGUAAAUGGCUGCUAGACUACAUUUUCCUUGUUCUUUGCAACUUAUUAAAGGAAAGAGCUUGGAAGUAACUAGAUGAGAUAAAAUGUCUUUGCUUUACCAUCUAGAUGAUCUUUCUAGCAAAGCUUUCUAUGAUUGUGUCAAAUGAUACUAGUAAGGCUUUGAACACAGGAGAAAAAGCUUAGGCUAACAUUGCUAUACCUUCGUCCCUUGGCUAAUUGCUCAGUACAGAACAUCUUUAUAGUGUGUGUAUGUAAAAUGAAUUUGCAUAUGACUACAGAUGGUAGCUUUCCAUUUUAUGGUUCUAGUGUAAAGACAGCGGCUCUGCCAUUGCGCCAGAGAAGGUGGAGUAAGGACAUGCUAAUCUGAGUAAGAAUUGUUAACUAAAAUGGUACUGGAUAUGUGUAUAGUAGUGGACAGGUAAUUGAGCUGAAUAGGGUUAACAUUCUGCCACAAUCCAUCUAAUUGCAGCUGGGCUUUACCUUGGCAAUGAUAACUACUCAGUGGAUCUUAAUUUGCUCCUUUAUUAUUCUUUUAAAAUAUAGGUUAAUCCCCCUUUUAGCUGUGGCCUGUAUGUUCAGGGAAGAGGAUCUGCUGCACAAUUCACAUGUUCUGUGUGGUAUUCCACAUAAUUGCUCCUGUAAUGUCUGUCAGUUUUAAAGCUGAUCCUGCACUGAAUAGAGGCUGGGCUACAUGAUUUUCAUGGUUGCUGGUAGUUUGUGAUUAUGCAAGAUUCUUGUUUCAGGGAACUGAGAAUAGCCAGUAUAUAGUAAAUUAAUCAACAUGGCUGUAACUGGUCUGUUUCAGUGGAUACUAAAGAUAACCCCAAUCUGACUCUUUCACAGACGUGAGGCAGAAGAGAUGCCCUUCCCCUUGUCAUAAGCUUCAGCAAACUUUCAUUACGUGCCAAAAACAUUCUAUAUAUGAAAUUGGGUUUCUAAAAUCCUUGAUGGAACACAACAUUUUUUUCUCUUCAUGUGUCAAGCUGCCGUUGAAAGUGUUAACAAAUGAAGUAGUGAUUGGUGCAAAAGUGUUUUACAUUCCAGCUGACCUGUGCUGUAGAAAUCCAAGGCUUUUCAGCAGCAUGUGACCUCAACUUAAACUCAUGAACAUUUUUUGAACAGUGAAUUAUUUGUAUACAUUUUUGUUUUGGUGUAUUUGGAAAUAACCUGAUAUAUGAAACCUCAACUUUUGUUUGGAAAGAGAAACCGAGUGAUUGAAAGGAACUUUCUGUCUGGGAGUAAACUAUGCAAACCCAAGUAUAUAGAACGGAAAAGAUGUUGCAGAAUGUGCACCUUGUCUUUUGGAAGGGAAAGGCAACAUGUCUUGCCUUUUAUAAUUUAAAAGUGGAUGGACCUGGAGCUGGAUGAAGUGUGUCUUUACUGCUUUGUCAAAUAAGCAGUUCUUCCUAAUGUAUUGGCUCUCUCUGAAAGAAGACUAGCGGCAAAGCAAAAGGAUUGUAUGUAUGGGCUCCGUAAAUCAUGACAUCUUUGCCAAAUACCAGUUUUAUCUAAAUACAUUAUGGCUGUGGGGGCCACAAUGUGUUGGACGUGUGUUUGUGUGUGUGCGCGUUAGCACAGUGAUUGCAAAAUUCACAGUGAAGGAAGUAUCAAAAAGUGGCUGAGGCUGGUUGAACAAUUGUUCAUCUAUGCCAAGAAAGACUACUUCAGGUACUGCCUUUGCAGAGAUAGCAGUUGUGCAUGGAGUACCCUUGUCAGAGGCACUGGUUCAUUCACUCAUUCACUCAGCUGCAGUCUGAGCCAAAUCCACACUGAAAGCAGACUGGUGCUCCUAGUAGGAUUGUGUGGUGGCUGUCUGCUUUUUAAAAAAGACACCUCAAAUGAAAACAUACUAUACUCAACCGACCCAAUCUUAUGUUUUGUGCUCUUAGAGCUUUAUGUUCAAGUGCCCUUAACUGCUCACUUCUCUCGUUUUAUUCUAAUUAGCUCUGAAUCCAUUCCUAAAAGACAAAAACAUUGUGAUCUACAUAUCUGCUGUACUGUAAUGCUUCUGUCUGGUUAGCCAUUUUCUCUGUUGCCAUGGAAAGGGAGAGGGCAGGAAAUCUACCCAAUAGUUUUGAAAUGUAGCCAUUCAAAAUCAUGCCAACAAGAUCAAAAGUACUGUAAAGAGCCUAUCAUAAAAGUUGCAACAUGAUGCUCUGCACAGGGCAUCUCUCAGAAGAGUACUGUUGAAGAUCCUUGCUGACCUCUUUUCCCUCCCAAUUUGUGUUGGAUUUUGUUUUUCCUUGACCAAGACGACAAAGGAUAUUUGGAGGGAGCUUUUCACAGAGCAUUUCACUUUAUUAUAAGAAAAAAUGAAUGGGCUGGAAUGCAACCUUGGUGUUUGUCUCAAGAAUAAAAACACAACACUUUUGUACACAGUUUUUUAAAAUAAAUACACAUUUUAAAAAUGUUGAUUUCCACUGCAAAUGCUUAACAAUAAAUGCAUGUUUCCCUGAAAA